CCGACUGAAAAUGGCAGAAGACCUCGACACCAGUAGAAUCAAGGAAUGGCGGUCCAUUGUCACGUUGAUUGUUUUUCUGUUGACCAAUAUCGUGGUCCUUUUCCCAUUCAAGAUUCCUAUAUAUAUACCGCGGUCAAUCUACAACGCUGUCUUGAAUGCGCUCAGCGCAUGCCGAAUAAUACCACCUAGGCGACAUGGAAAUUUGCAAAACAAAGAUGGCGACAGAGCCUCAAGAUUUGUGCGCAUGAAUUUCUCAAUGAGUUUUUCGACCGCACCAUUGAUUGCAGACCUCUUUUUGCUGGCAAUCUCAGCUAUUGGCCGUCAGGAAGUACAUGAUGGCACUGUCGGGGCUAACAAUAUCAGUCCUAUCGACAUCAUGGUGUUCUUCGUCACUCUAGCUUACAUCGCAAUCUCCAUCGAUGCAUCCGGACUCAUCAGAUUUCUGGCUUUCAAAGUACUGCAAAAAGGCGGCAAAGUGGGCCAUUUACUCUUCUUCUACCUAUACGCAUUCUUCUUCAGUCUCGGAGCUUUCGUCGGAAAUGACCCCAUCAUCUUGUCUGGUACUGCUUUCCUGGCGUAUAUGACGCGUGUCUCCAGCAACAUCGAUCACCCGAGGGCAUGGAUGUACUCCCAAUUUGCGAUCGCAAACAUUGCUUCUGCUAUCCUAGUGUCAUCGAAUCCGACAAAUCUGGUACUUGCUGGAGCCUUCCAAAUCAAGUUCAUCGUUUACACUGCCAACAUGAUCGUACCCGUCGUGGUCACUGCGAUUGUUUUGUUCCCAUUCUUGCUCUACGUUGUUUUUGCAAGUCCGCAACUCAUUCCACUCUCGAUCGAGAUGGAAACUUUGUCAGACGAUGCAAAGAACAAGAAGCCAGUAAAUCCCAAUAUCCCUCAAGCUAAAGGAAAAAACCCGGAUGACGAUGAAGAAGAGUCUCUCGAAAACAAAGAGCGCGCACUUGCAGAGAUCAUGAAUCCAUUUUUGGACAAAGGAGGCGCAACAUUCGGAUCUGUUGUUAUGGCAGUCGCACUCGUCACACUCCUUGGAAUUAACGCGGCCAGCUCAAUUAUCGGCGAACAUCCCGUCUUUUGGAUCACUUUGCCAGCGGCCUUCAUCAUGUUCUGCUGGGAUGUCUCAUAUGGAUGGAAACACCGCAACGAAACUCGCAAAAUUGCUAAGGACCGUCAGAAGGAAUUCCGAGAGGCGCAAGAAGAGCGAGUUGGUAGUGAACGACAGACCAACGGGAUGUUUCAGACGCCAGGAGCUUCGAGCUCAUUCGUCCAUGUUGUACCCCCUACUCCAGAGGUUGCAGGUUCUGAGAAGAGCAUUCGAUCAGUCACAGACACGAGCCCUAAGACCGACUCAGCGAUACUUCCUGCAGAGCGAGACUCGACAGGCGACGGAUUGACAAACAAGGAUGCAUCAAGAUUCGAAUCCACUCUGUUGUCGCUCGCGCCACCGGAGACGGAUUACUCACAUACCAGGAAGCUUGAUUCGGCACUUGAUAAAGCCAUCGAUGAAGAAAGGAUACAAUCUAUUGAGGAUGACNAAAAAGAUCGAUCCCUUGUAACGUUUGUUACGAGGAACUACAGAUGGCUUCAAGAGACUUUCCCUACUGUCAUGGCAGUCCUGGCCCAUCUUCCCCUCAAGCUUGUCCCCUUCGCGCUUUCCAUGUUCGUCCUCAUCCAAGGACUUGUUACGAAGGGUUGGGUACCUGUGUUCGCUUACGGAUGGGACCACUGGGUUACCAAAACUGGUACCGUUGGCGCAAUAGGCGGAAUGGGUUUCCUCGGAGUCGUUCUUUGCAACAUUCACAUAAACAACGGAAUCCCCAUCACCGACCGCACGUUCUGGGCAACUGUAUAUGCUAUGGCUCUCGGCGUCAACUAUGGAGCCUUUAGUACGGCGUUCAGUGCAUCGUUGGCCGGUCUGCUUUGGCGAGAUAUCCUUGAGCGCAAGCAUAUCCAUGUCAGACGACUUGAUUUUGCGCGCGAGAAUAUACCAAUCAUUGCAACGUCGAUGGUGGUGGGCUGUGCGGUCUUGAUUGGUGAGAUUUACAUCAUCAGGGAUAACUCGCCCUACAAGAUGGGA